AUGAGCUUCCUUUGGUAUUUAUUCAUUUUUUUCCUUAAAUUGGCUUUGAUUAAACUUCAAACAGCCGAUGCAAAUCAUACUAGUAGUAUAAAUGAAACGACCUUCUUAAUUGACUUUGAUCAUCCACAAAUAACUAUAUUAGGCGCAUUAACCAAUUAUGAACACAUUAAAAUUCUUAAUGACAAUACAAAUCAAAUGUAUCGAACUGCGUUUAAUCAAGAGAUUUAUCUAUCAUCUCAAUCUUUUAUUCUUGAUUCAAAUCCAUUAUUAAUUGCAAUGAAAUUAUGUGAAAUAGGAAACGUAUCGAAUGCUAAAGCUAUUAUUGCUGGUCGAGGUUUAGAUGAAAAUGAUUUAACGUUAACUGCUAUUUCAUAUGUAUCAGAUUUUUAUCAUAUACCUGUAUUAACAAUAGCAUCGAGAGAAAAUCUUUUUUCGGAUAAAGCAUUUUAUAAUUUUAUUGUACGACUUGUACCACCAUAUUUGUAUGAAGCUGAUGCGUGGUUUAGCAUUAUUCGUAAAUUAAAAUAUACAAAAGUAGUAUUAAUUUACAGUCAAGAUGAAGAAGGUCGAAUGGUUGGAUCAAGAUUUCAAAUGUUAACUGAGGAUUCAGAGAUUCAUAUUGAACGAAUGGAAGAAUAUGAAUCGAAUGCAAAUUUUACAUCAUUAAUAUCGAAUUUAACAUACGAAGAUCGUUUAUUAGCACGAGUUUUUAUUAUUCAUACAAGAAUUGAAGAUACUGAUGAAUUACUAUCAGUCAUAGUACGUUUACAACAUUUGGAAAAUUUUGUUUGGAUUAUAAAUGAACGUGCAAUAAUAUCAAAUAGUACAGCACUGUUCGAUGGUCUCAUUGGUGUUAGAUUACAUAGUUCAUUUAACGAGGAAAAUCUUCUUAUUGAUGCAACAAAACUUCUUGCGAACGCAUUUAAUAAAUUUACUGAUUAUUCGUCAGCAUUCUGGACUUCAAAAACGACAGCUAUCAAUUGUUUAUCAACAGAUGCUUGGACAUAUGGAAUAGACUUUUAUAGAGAAUUACUAAAUACGAGUGUUGUAAACGGUAUUACAGGAAAUAUUGAAUUCAAUGAAGAAGGCGAUCGUAUUGAAUCAUUAUAUGAUAUAGUUAAUGUUCAAGAUGGACAAUUAAAAACUGUUGGGCAUUAUCGAACGAAUACAAGUACAUGUUACACAAGUGCAAUGUGCCGACAAAUUAUCGAUAAGACAGAAUUAAAACUUGAUGAAGAUCAAAUUAUUUGGCCUAAUCGAAGUCAUCGUAAGCCUGAUGGCAUGCGAACAAGACGAAAUGUUUCGGUUGUUACUAUUGCUGAAAAACCAUUUAUUUUUACUCGUUCAGGCAAUAACUGCAAUCUUGCCACAGAAGUCGUAUGUCCACGAAAAAGAUUAAAUGAUUCAACUAAAGAGGAAUAUGAAUAUUUUUGUUGUCGUGGUUAUUGCAUUGAUUUAUUACAAGAAUUAUCAAAAAAUUUGAGUUUUGUUUACACAUUGCAUCUUGUUGCCGAUAACAAAUAUGGAUCAUAUGAAAAAGAAGGAGAUGAUAAGCAUAAACGAUGGGAUGGUAUGAUAGGUGAAUUAAUAAAUUAUCAAGCUGAUAUGAUUAUAGCUCCUUUAACCAUCAGUCCUGAACGUGCAGAAGAUAUUGAAUUUACCAAGCCCUUUAAAUACCAAGGUAUCACAAUUCUUGUACGAAAGAGUACAAGUACAUCAAAUUUAGCUUCAUUCUUACAACCAUUUAAAGAAGCCUUGUGGAUGAUGGUUUUAUUAUCUGUGCAUGUAGUCGCUGUUGUUUUGUAUUUACUUGAUCGUUUUUCACCGUUUGGUCGAUUUCGUUUUUCAUCACAACAAAAGUCUGAACGUGGAAAUGGUCCAGCUAUUGAAGUUAAUCCAGAAGAAGAUGCACUUAAUCUGUCACGCGCACUUUGGUUUACUUGGGGAAUUUUAUUAAAUUCAGGAAUUGGAGAAGGAACACCGAGAAGUUUCUCUGCUCGUGUUCUUGGUAUGGUUUGGGCAGGCUUUGCUAUGAUCAUGGUAGCUUCUUAUACUGCUAAUUUAGCCGCUUUUCUUGUACUUGAUCGACCUGAAGCGAGUAUAUCAGGAAUAAACGAUGCUCGAUUGAGAAAUCCUCAAGAUGGUUUUACAUAUGCAACAGUAAAAGGAUCAUCUGUUGAUAUGUAUUUCAAACGACAAGUUGAACUUUCAACUAUGUAUCGAACAAUGGAAUCGAAAAACUAUUUAACAGCUGAAGAUGCAAUAACGGAUUUAAGAGACGGAAAAUUAAAAGCAUUUAUUUGGGAUUCACCAAGACUCGAAUAUGAGGCAGCACAAGAUUGUGAUCUAGUUACAGCCGGUGAAUUAUUCGGACGAUCCAGCUAUGGUAUCGCAUUAAGAAAAAAAGAUGCAUGGAUUAAUCCAUUAUCUCACACAAUAUUAUCAUUUCAUGAAAAAGGUUUUAUGGAAACAUUGGAUAAUCAAUGGAUUUUUUCUAAAGGAAUGAAACAAUGUUCGGAUCGAUCAUCCUCACCAGCCACACUUGGCGUAAAUAAUAUGCUUGGCGUUUUUCUACUUGUUGCUGGUGGAAUAUUUGCUGGAUUUUUUCUACUUGCUAUUGAAAUAGCAUUUAAAAGACGUAAAGAGAGACGAGAAAACGAAAUGGAAGUGUCUCGCAAUGCUCUUCUUCAUUGGAGGAAGAAAAUUGAGAAACGCAAACAACGUUCGAUUAUCUAUGAGUCUGAUAAUCAACAACAACCUUCGGUUGACACAGAUCUACUUAAUGAAGCACCAUCAAAUAGAAUGGAUCGUCAUAAACUAUCGAAUAUGACAAAUAAUACAACAAGUAUUAAUUAUUAG